AUGGAUUAAUCUCAAGCUCAACACAUUUGGAAGAUGCUUGAUGAUAUGGCUGCCUCUGAUCCACAAGCAUAUAAAUAAUUUGUUGAGAAAAACAUUCAAGCAGGAAUGGAAGACAUGAAAAAUGAGAAGCAGUAAAAAAUAGAAGAAUUAUCUAUUACACCUCAAUUUGCUUAUUCCAUGAAAAUUUGGGGCAAUCUCCUUAAACAAUAAAUCAAUGAAUUAGAAAGCAAGCUAUUAUUAAAAUAAAAUGAACUCAAAUAAGAGAAUUUCCAAUUUGACAAAUUAGAAAAAAGAACCAAAUUUUACAUUAAUCUCCUACAUCAUGAAAGAGUAUUGGGAGCAUUUGAUAAGAAUGAUAAUCCAACAGACAAUCCAUCAUAAUACAAUUUAAUUCCUCUUUCUAUAUCUGACAUUUAGAUUGGAAAGUCAGCAUCCUUCAAUACUUAAGUUUACUAUUAUGACAUUGUGAUCAAUACUGAUGUGUUUAAGAAAAUAAAUCGUCAAAUUCUGCAGUCAAUCAUUAUUGAUACAUUACAGAAAAGAAUCGAAGGAGAUAAAAACCCUGUUAAAUUUACAUUCUUUAAGGCCUACUAUAAAUUUGAAAUCCCCUCUCUUAAAAUCAUUAGCAAAUAAUACAAAUAUUGUGGACCAAAGAAACAAAUAAAAUUACUUCUAGAACCCUAAGCUGAUAAAGAAGGAAAACGAUUCCCAAAAACCUAGAAUCCCAUAGAAAAUAAAAUUGAAUAGAAUCUAAGCUUCACUAGAUAGUAGGGACCUUUGGAUAAUUUAAUAUUAAAUACUUAAAAUUAAACACAGCAGGGGCCACAAAAAAAAGUCUUGAUUGAAGAGAUUGAUACUAAAAAUGAGGUAGAGAAAUAUUAGGUUGUUCACGAGAAGGAUAAAGUUAUAAUAACUAUUAAUGUGAAUGUCGAAAACUUUUAGGAUAUCGAUCUCAAUAUCUCAAGUCAAGGAUUGAAAUUGACAACUGUGAUGAAUGAAAAGGUAGAGUUAGAUUUUGGAUGUAAAGUUGAUGAUGAGCAUCCAUCAGCUAAAUGGAACAAAAAAUAGAAAUAAUUGAAAAUAGUUGUAAAUAAAAUAUUAUGA